UUUCAGUAUUUUUCUUAGAAUAAAUUUGGUGCACAAGCACCGGUUGCCAAUAUAAUUAUAAUUACUAUUUACUUUACCCCACAAAACAAACAAAUCAACGACAAUCGAACACCCCGAGGGGCUCAUAAUAAGCGCCAGAGAGUGGCGCACUCCGCCAAUUGGUCAACAACAAGCAAGGGAAUCACGGCGGAACAGCGAGGCAAAUACGGCGGGAAAAUGGAUCUGCUGGACUCGAUACUGAAUGCCAUGGAUGCGCCGCCUGCCAACAACGAGCAGCAGAAGACGCUGAUCAAGAAGCAGCGCGAAAUGAUGGAGCGGAUGCAGAACAAACAGAAGGAGGAACUCCUCCGAUUCCGGAAGUAUGUGGACGAAAGGAUGGGCCGAUUCGCCAAGGACGACCGACAUUGCAUCGAGUUCCAGCCGCUGGACAAGGUUCAUCGCUCGGUCAUACACGAGGUGGCCGAGAAUGGCGGUUUCAUUGCCAUGAGCUUUGGGCGCGAGGAUGUGGACCGGCAUUCGGUCGUGUACAAAAAGGAGCACGCUCCUGGCGAAGAUGAGGUCACGGCCCGACGGAACGGAGACGGCUGGAAUCCAGAAAUAGCCAAGGAGUACGCAGAGCGACGGCGCGAGCGAUUGGCGCAGGAGCAGAGUGACAAAGAGGCUUCCACCUCCGAAGCGGCGAGCUCAUCCACAUCCACAGCCGGAGAUCACGUCUCCGGCGAUGUGAAACCCACGACCAAUUACAAGGCCAAGUAUGCCCACCUCAUCGGAGAGUCGGCCGCACUGCAGGCGGCUCGCAAGACGGAGACCAAUCAAAGCUACGGAUUCGUGCCCAGUAAGAACAAGAAGGACAUGCGCUCCAUCGAACAAACGCUGGCCGACAUCCAGGCCAAGAAGCGUAUGCGAUUGGCGCAGCAGCAGGAGCUGGAGCAGGAGCAGCAAGCGCAGGAGGCAACCACAACCACAGAGGACCCAUGAGUCGGCUGGAACACAAUUAGUAUGGAGAUAGAUCACUUAAUGCAAGACUGUCGUAGCCCAAAAAAUAUGAUUACACUCUGUAAGGGAUUCAUAAAUCUACAACCAUAAAAAAGAGAAUCAGCCAUGCUUGUAUUGCUUCCAAAUUCCUUUUCGAUUAUAUUUGUCAAUUAUUGUAAAGCCAAACCCUUUUUAAAAUAUUAGCAAUACCAUCACCACUUA